GAAUUGAAUUGAAUGUUUUAUGAUGAAGUCUCUCCUCCUGCUAUCAUCAUCCUUUCCUGUUUUCAUUUCCAGAUCGCCACCCAAACCGCCCAACUUGUUGCCAUCUUCUAAGAACAACACCACAUUUAGAAAGUUAAGCCUCCUCAUCACCAACAACUCCAAACAAGAUGAUGAUCAAUGUGUCGACUUUCAACUCAUCCCUCAAUCUGGUGACGUUCAAGUGGGCGACACGCAUGCUGACAAGCUGGAAGAUGAUGAAUUGACACAAGUAAACCUUAACAAAGUGCCAUACAACAUAGUAUUUGUUACUUCCGAAGCAUCACCAUACUCAAAGACCGGAGGGUUAGGGGACGUCUGUGGUUCCUUGCCCAUUGCCCUUGCAGCACGUGGACAUCGGGUUAUGGUUGUCUCUCCAAGAUACUUGUGUGGUGAUGAAAGAUUUGCUGGCACUGUCAAUCUUGAUUCCCCAACUAAAGUUUACUGCGCUGGUGGGGUCCAGGAAGUUGAUUUCUUUCAUGAGUACAGGAAAGGCGUUGACUGGGUGUUUGUGGAUCACCCUUGCUAUCGUCGUCCUGGAAAUCCAUAUGGUGAUAUUUAUGGUGCGUUUGGCGAUAACCAGUUUCGGUUCACCUUACUUUGUCACGCAGCGUGUGAGGCUCCUUUAGUGCUUCCUUUAGGAGGGUUUACAUAUGGACAAAACUGUUUGUUCCUCGCUAAUGAUUGGCAUGCAGGCCUUGUGCCAGUACUAUUGGCAGCAAAAUAUCGUCCACACGGAAUCUAUAAGGAUGCUAGAAGUAUCAUUGUGAUUCAUAAUAUUGCACACCAGGGUGUUGAGGCUGCAUCAACUUAUUGUAAUUUGGGAUUGCCUUGGGAGUGGUAUGGAGCUUUGGAAUGGAUAUUUCCUACUUGGGCAAGGACACAUGCUCUCGACACUGGUCAAGCUGUUAAUAUUCUAAAAGGCGCAAUUGUAACUGCUGACCGGAUAUUGACUGUUAGCGAGGGUUAUGCUUGGGAAAUAACAACCCCGGAAGGUGGAUAUGGUCUACAUGAGCUUCUGACAAGCCGAGAGUUUGUUGUGAACGGGAUCACAAAUGGCAUUGAUAUUACUGAAUGGGAUCCAUCCUCAGAUGAGCAUAUCUCUUCUCAUUACACUGCUGAUGACCUUUCAGGAAAGAUGGAGUGCAAGAUUGCUCUACAAAAGGAACUAGGUCUUCCAAUCCGGCCAGAUUGUCCAUUGAUUGGAUUUAUUGGAAGACUGGACUACCAAAAGGGAAUCGAUGUAAUACUCUCUGCGGCUCCAGCCUUGCUGCAAGAUGAUGUUCAAUUUGUUAUGCUUGGAUCUGGAGAGAGACAAUAUGAAGAGUGGAUGAGAGCAACUGAAGCAGCAUUUAAUAGUAAAUACCGGGGAUGGGUUGGAUUUAAUGUUGCUAUUGCUCACCGGAUAACUGCAGGUUGUGAUAUCCUGCUAAUGCCCUCAAGAUUCGAACCAUGUGGUCUAAAUCAGCUGUAUGCAAUGAGGUAUGGAACUGUACCAGUCGUCCAUGGAACCGGAGGACUUAAAGAAACCGUCAAGACUUUCAAUCCAUAUGCUGAAGGUGAAGAUGAAGGUACCGGAUGGGCCUUCUCGCCGUUGACAAGAGAAUGCAUGUUGGAAGCAGUAAGGGUGGCCAUAAAGACGUACCGAGAGCACAAGACGUCAUGGGAAGGGUUGAUGAGAAGAGGCAUGGAGAGAGAUUGUUCAUGGGAUAAUGUUGCGCUCGAAUACGAGCAGGUUUUCCAAUGGGCCUUCAUGGACCCUCCUUACAUUAUUAAUUAACCAACAAACUAAAUCUCACUUGGCCACCUUCACUGUAGUCUUCAUUUAAAAAAACCAAUUCAAUGAUGUAACCCUGUUUAUCA